CGCACCAGAGCCGCAUCCGAGUGAUACCAGAGAUAGCAGCCAGCCGCCAGCCGCCAGCCGCCAGACGCAGUCGAGAAAGAAGCAUAUAAAUUUAUUAACGAACACGGCUUAUGGGCAAAUGAUGAAAGCCCGGCAAACGGAGAGCAUCCACAGCAGCAGCAAAUAAUAGCAAAUUGCAAUAAAGGAAACCCCCAGAGAAGGAGGCGAAGAGAGUCGAGCGAAACGAGAGCGAUAGGAGGAGAAGUUUGUGCGAGUAUAAUAAAUGUUCUGGUUGCCGUUCGUGAUGAAAUUAUUUAUGAAAAAUAAAUGGAAUAUGUUGCUCUUGACGGUGAUGGCGAUGGUCGUGGUGCUGCCACCGUUGGGGGCGGCACGAGAGACUUCCGACCAUGACACGGCCACGAAUGCAACAUGCAAACACGCCACGGACAUGUGGGGAGAUCCGAAUCCCAACUUAUUCUACGUAUGCUCCGAGGACGGACAGCAGCCGCUGCAGCUGCAGUGCCCGCAGGGACGUGGAUUUUUCAACGGACUCGGCUAUUUGGGCUGUUUACCCUACGACCACUGGCCGGCCUGUCAGUUGGCCACGGACGCAACGGCAACGGCAACGGCAACAGCGACAGCGGCUGGCUGUGACAGCGAUAGCGAGCACUUUACACAGCCCUGGCCUGCUACGGAUCCCAAUCAAUUCUACAUGUGCCCCGCCACGGCGGCCACACCGCUGCUCCUCAACUGCACACCAGGCAAGGGCUUCGUGGCCACCUCGGAUGCUGUGGGCUGUGCGGAUUGGACUGUGUGGCGACGCGAGAUGCAGUGCGAGGAUUACUACUGAGCAGCCUCCGCGAAAUGUGUAUGCUUAUAUCCCUGACAGCCUGCAGGCAAUAAUCAACCUUGUGCUGGCAAAUAUUCGACUCGAAUCUUAAUUUAUUGGGCACUUCUCUUCGACACACCUCUGUACAUAUACCAAACAUGCCAAAGACAUGCCAUCUAC